AUGUACUGGGGCCGCAGGACUUGGAAGAUUUGGAUGAAAGGUUGUGACAUGCAUGGCCAGCCCAACUGGACAUGGCCUCGCGCUUUGCUACGGAGAACAGCGGCUUCUCUCCACAACAUUGGCCUCGUUCGUGUGCCACAAACAUCAAAUCGGAUUCUCCGGGUAUACAGGCCUGGAUUCGAAACCCCCCAGGUUUCACCAAAGAAGGACCAAGCAGCAGCCCGCAAAGACAGCAGAAUUACCGGCUCUGCAUGA